UUGACGUUUUUGACAUUUGCUGUUUGUCAUGGAUGAUAGACAUCUGUAGUCACACAUAUGCGUCAGUAAGCAAUGUGUAUAUAAUGUUUUUAAGUUCUAGAAAACUAUAAUUGCAAUGAUAAUUCAUUUUCUAAACGAGAAAAUUAAUUAAGCUAUAGAGUAAAUUAAGAAAGUAUUUAUUAUAUAUUUUAAAAUGAAUAAAGAAGAGGAUGAAUGUUCAGUAAUUGAACCAAAAGCUGAUGAAACUUCGAUAACAAAAUUAAAUAAUUGUGUACAUGAAAAACAUUCUUCAAAGGUUCGUCGACGAAAUGUGAUAGAAAAAAUUAGUUCUUCAUUAAUAAAAGAAAAUGACUUUAAUUACAAUAAUAAAAGUAUUGAGUUCUCGUUAGAUACAGAAAAAGCAUGGAUUAAUGGUAUUCCGGAAUUACCAGAAAUUUUGAAUAUUGAUUCACCAGAAAAGUUUACCGAAAGAGAACGAAUGAAGAUAAAAGUAAUACAAGGAACUAUUAUUAAAUCAAAUCUCACUUUUGGUAAACUCAAAUUACUAAGUACCAGUUCUGAAGGAUUAGUUAUUGAUGAUAUACGGAGAAUUCUAUGGCCACAACUACUAAGAUUACCUGAUAAGGAAAUGCCAAUUGUAGACGAAUUGGAAACAGUACAUAAAUGCAUUCCUUGUGAAGUUUAUCAACAAGUCUUAAAAGAUGUUGCACGAAGUGGAGGACAUCUUUUUCCUGAUGCAACCGAAGAAGAAAUUUCAAGAUUUCAAGAUCAAAUGACACAAUUAAUUUGCUGGGUUUUAUAUCGAAAUCCUAGUUUACACUAUUAUCAAGGUUACAAUGAUGUAGCUGCUACAAUUCUUUUAAUAAUGGGUCUUCAAAGAGCUUUACAUGUCUUAGAAAAAAUUUCUUUGACAUACUUAGAAAGGUUUAUGGAAAAGACAAUGGAAAAAGUAAAUCAAGAACUCUUUUUUAUAUUUGCACUAUUGGAAAGAGAACAUCCAAAACUUUUAGAACAUUUAGAAAAUGUAGAAUUGUUUCCUCAUUUUGCAUUAGCAGAAUAUACGACAUGGUAUGCUCAUAAAUAUGCGGAGAACAGAAAAUUACUACAUAGGCUUUUUGACUAUUUUCUUGGAAGUCCACCUUUCAUGCCUUUAUAUUUGAGUACAAUAAUAGUCAUUCAUAGAGCUGAUGAAAUUUUUAAUACUAUUCCAGACAUGGGGCAUACGCAUAAAGUUUUAUGUUCUCUUCCAGAUAAUUUACCAAUUGAAAACCUACUUGUGAAUGCAAAUAAUCUUUAUCAUCGAUAUCCACCAGGUACAAUUAAUAAGGAUGUACGGGAUUACGAUUUGAAAAGGCGUCGCAAAGAACAAGAGUGGAAGGCAAAAGUAGAAGCAAGUCGAAAAGAAAGGGAAAAUAAUUUAAAAAUUGUUCAGUCUCGACGAAGACUUCCUUAUCGUAUGCGAAGCUAUAAAACAAUAACUGUUGUUACAAUUAUAGCUUUGGGUUUAUAUGCAUUUUUGAAGACAUCUUCUGGAUUGAACUGACAUUAAUAGAAUUGCCUUUUUUAAAGGUAAACCAUAUGGGAGCAUUGAAACCAAAUCAUUAUAUAAUUAUAGCUGAUAUUUGUAAAUAUAAAAUAAUUAAAACUUUA